AUGGUCGUAGGUGUCGAAGACGACGAAUUCGGCCAACUGGUCGGUGCAGCUAUCACCAUCAAGUCGUCUGCCGGCGUUUCCACCAAAUCUUUGACCCUUAAGAAAUUGCGAGACGACCUGCGAUCGAAGCUGGCGGCUUACAAGUUACCGACUGUGCUGCGUCUUGUGGAAGGAGAACUACCAAAGGGCGGGACCGGCAAGGUACAGAAGAAGGUGUUGGGACCACGCUACUUCCCGACCCCAGAGUAUAACGAGAUGCCUGAGAUCCAGACUCUGAGAGGAACAAAGAAAACGGAGCUCCGAGCCAGGCUGUAG